AUAAAUGGACUAGAUUCAAAAGAAAAAAAAAAAGGAAGGAGAGAGAAAGAAGAAAAGGGUUUCGGCGACGUCCAUAAGGAGAGAGAGCUUACAACUUCAACGGGAUCUAUUCUAUCAUCUUCUCAAUAAAUUCAGGUAAGAAUCUAGGGAGAAAAACAGAAAGAUGAUCAUCCCUGUUCGUUGCUUCACUUGCGGGAAGGUUAUUGGAGACAAAUGGGACACAUAUCUUGACCUCCUUCAGGCAGAUUACACAGAAGGAGAUGCUCUUGAUGCACUAGGGUUAGUUAGGUACUGUUGUAGACGCAUGCUCAUGACCCAUGUUGAUCUCAUUGAGAAGCUUCUCAACUACAACACUCUUGAGAAGUGCGAGGGAACCUAAGAAAGAUGCUUUACGAAAUACUUCUUCUAUAUGUGAUUAGGUAUGUUUAGUCGUGUUUUGAGUCUAAAUCAGGACAAUCUUUUUAUUUUCUAUUAUGCAGAGGAUUUCAGAACUUGUAGUGGAUGAUGACUUGAUUAUGAAAUACCUUUUGCCAAAUUCUCAUCUAGGUGUGGGAUCUAGAUGGUACUUGGCCAAGCUUAUUGAUUUGAAAUAGUAGUUCAUUUCAUAUGAUUAUACACUUUGAAUUGAUUAA